AUGCCACGCCACUCGUCCGUCGCAUUCCGUCGCGAGUCGGGACACCGAGGUUUUUUUUUCCUCCCCCGUGCCGAACCGGGGCUCGUGUACGCACUACUACGCCUGCGGUCCGUGGAGCGCGCUGCGAUCGCGCCAGCGAGCCAAGCCCCGGGGCCUCUGGCACACCGCCGGCUCGACCAGAGCCAAGUGGCGGCGCCCGUGGCGGUGGGCGCGAGCGCGGCGAGCGUCUUCGCUGCCCGGUCAGCGCCGCCGUCGACGCGUGCAUGGAUGGAUGCGUACCCGUGCUGCUGGCGCUGUGGGCCUACGCCACGCUGUCCGGUAAGCGCCGACACACAGGAAGCUGUAUCCCUGACCGAAGGCGAAGCCGAAGCCAAGAAGAAAGCGGACAGCGUCGAGGCGUUGACCACCAUCAAGUGCCUGUCGCGGAGACCUGCCUCUGCCCUCGAGGAAGAGCAGGUAAACGACAGUCAAGAGCGUGUCAAGUCGCGCGACAAGGCUGGUGGACGAGACGACGCUGCUGAAGCCCCUCAACAGGGCAGCAACAACGUCAUGGAGGAACUAAUGUGGAGAGAGUGCGACCUGCAGCUGAGCGAUAGUUGCACCCAAUCUGCCAUGGAACCUUGCCAAUCCCUACAGUCCUGCGAAGAGGCUUCAAUCCCUGCCCAUUUGACGUCUGAAGUCUCAGAGGUGGUCCCCAACAAGGCGCGCGCAGUGCCGAGCUACUCCGUGGUGGCCCGCGAGGGCGACGAGCUGCAGCUGUCGUGCGGCUCGGCGGGCGCCGACAGCUGGCUCGCGCCCGGCGGCGCAAGCUCGAGCCGAACGAAGACGGCGGCCGUGGGAGAACCCGGGGGCACACCGGCGACGUUUCGGCCAGUGGCCCCCGACCUCGGGGGCCGGCUGCUGCGCUUCGGCCGCGUGCGGAGGCAGCACUCGCGUCGGUACACCUGCCGCUUCAAGUCGGCGCGCGGGUACCACGUCCUCGUAGACGUCCAGCUCGUCGUCCAGUAUGCUCCAUCAGUGGAACCUCUGGAAGUGCUGCGGGACAAGAAAGACUCCCGGUUGGUGUGCGUUGCGGGGGCGGAGCCUUCACCGGAGAUCGCAUGGCUCCGAGACGACCAGCCACUUUCUGAGGACAUAAUACCCUCACUUAGGACCGAAAACGCGUCGCAAGGCUGUCUGCGAAUAUCCAACUUGCACCUUAAGGAAGCCCAGGAUGACGCCGAGGUUCCCCACAACUACACCUGCGUAGCAAGCAACACUCUAGGCACGUCCAGCCGCUCGCUCCUGCUCCGAAAUGGUGACAGCUCAACCUCUUCCAACGCCAGCGUGGUCCGCGACCGGGACCCAUUGGACGGGGUUCCCGUGAAGCGAUUCAAGAUUACCGGCUUCGUGAUUGGCAUGCUGCCGCCACUAUUCAUCUCCUUCUACAUUAUCCUCAAACUUGGGUACCGAUCUCGGUACGCCGAGGAACGGGCCGAGGAGGCCGGCAUGAUGGAGGAACCCUUCUUUAUCAGCUACUAGGCCGCCGUCCUGCCCGAAUGACGAUAGGACACUGCCGCCGUAUUGAACGUAGCUGCAGUCGUCCGAGACGUACCGGUACUUUCUCGUGAACUUUCCUUCCUCUCUGCUGUCUGGCGGAAUGAGCGUUAGGCACUUUUCGUGAUCGGGUCCUCACCUCUUCUCACGGGAUCCCAGGGAGAGGUAUCGGCUGGAAAGCAGUGCAGCAACACUUAGACGAUUAAGAAAGAGUUUUCAUUGGAUGGUCUUGCGACAGCUUGUAGAUAUGCAAUCAGAUGUUCAAUAGUGCCGGACAAGUUUACCCUUUGUACAUAAUACCAUUGCUGAAUAUAGGCUUAAAAUUUAUUGUGCGUAUAAAAUAAUGGGAACCAACAGAAAAUGGCAAGGAAGAAACCACAGCUUUGAAAUGUCAAUUUGCACCUACUAAAUACUCUGCGCGCUGUGCCUCUGUCCCCACAUGUGAGAGCGAAACAAAAGAGCAGCGGGUAUUAGUCUGUUUUUUUUUCUUUCUGAUUGGUCAUUGUUCGACACCUAAGCGCGAGUGGAAACCAUUCAUAUUGAAUUAAACACACUCAAAAUAUCCCCAAGGUGUGCUACGUAUGUAACAAUGCCUAUUCGCACGCGCGUUCUGGCACGUAAUAGGUAAAUAAUAUUCUCUUGGAAUGUGUGCGCAACAAUUUAUUCGCUCCUGCAGUUACCGCUCUCUUGAGCUUUUCAUUUUCCACCUGAGCAUGUUGCAGUCUCCCCACUUUUAUUGGUGCGCUUGGCUCUUUUCUGUGCAGUUUGUAAAAUGCUCAUGCUCUGUCCUCUGACGUAGGACGUUAAGAGCAUCUAGCCUUUACUGCUCAAACACUGGCUGUAAUCUUAGCGCAAACCGCAUUGCGCACAGGUAUUCAUAAUUAUCCAACUAAGUUUUACAGAGAGAGAGAGAGAGAGAGAGGAAAGGGGAAAGGCAGGAAGGUUAACUAGAGGGGAAGAUCCGGUUUGCUACCCUACGCUGAAGUUUUACAGAAACGCGCAAGGUGUACUUGGGUUCAUGAAAGGGGAAGGCAGCAUCUAUACGAAGGUACCAAGGGGCUGCAAAAACCACUCAUCUGGGUUCUUUGAGAGCUUUGCAGGUGAACAUAAGUUAUUUCCGGUCUGGGGGAACAACUUUGCACUACAACCAUGUAGGAUUAUUCUACGCUGUAGCCUCGUAGCUGCUUAGCUGCGAAGUUUUCUAUCUACCUAUCUUCGUCCGUUGUAGUUUUCAGCGUCGUGUUAUACUCAAGUCUACGCUUUUUUUCCCUUUCUUAUUUUCUUAAUCCGGUGAACACACCGGCAUGAAGCGUGUGGUGGACGUACGACGCGUAGAUGGGACUCAUCUUUAUCUAUUUGGUUUCGCUGAUUAUCGAGAAGAAGAGAUGUUAUUUUCACACGUCGUGCGAGGCUUUACUACAGGCAGACGAGGAACGGUACCCUCUCUUCGGUGAGCAUGACGUAACAUACACUGAAAGUCCAGUGGUAGAAUUCUUCUAGCCUUGCGUGGCGUCAAUCAAACUAUCGACCAAUGCAGUUGUAGUCCAGCUGCACGCUUCCUUAAGGACUGAUCAGUGACAAUGCGGGCGCAUUCAUGAGGUCCACCUGGUGAGGGUAUGUUCCUUCCCUGCUGCCCGUAAUGAACUCCUAACAAAGUCCAGAAGCAACAGCCGUCACGGAUGCUUCGCUCCAUCGAGCCUUGUUUCGAGGGUAAGCGCAGAAAGAUUGGAACAUCGUGAUUCCCCCCCCAAUUGAGUUGCACAUGUUUUCGUGGAAGUUGAUCCAUAUAGCGAAACUGGAGAAAUGACGCUCGCACUUCUCUUUUGGCUCUCAUGCCUGCCUGUAGUUGGAGAUACAUAUAUGAGCUGUGCCAGAACAUAGCGCAGAGUGUGCUUACAAGUGAAUUUUUGCCUGCAGCAGAGAAAGUUAUAAAAGGAACACAGGGGUUCGUGAUAGUCUCCCCCAUAUGUGCGCAAACAUACUCAUGAGUUGUAGGUGCCCGUCAUUCACUUUGUUCAACUUCCAAAAUUCUGGAAAUUACUAGUGUGCCGAAGUUUUUUUGUUUAUCAAGAAUUUAAUUUUAUACUGUGGGCUAAAAUAGGUUGCCUUAGCUCUUUUUGGUGUGACAGAGGUAUUGGAUAAUGAUCGCAAGACAUGUCGAAAUUACCUUCAUUUUACUGUGCAUUGCGCUAACUUAUUUUGUGGAUCUCGACGGGUUUAUGGGGGUCUUUACCAAUAGAUAGAUAAACGGUUUCAAUAACGUCUCGUUCAGAACAUCAAAGAAUGAUUACACCUGACGACAGGAAAUGAUUUUAGGAGCUAUCCAUUUCUCUGCUACCAGACAUCCAAAAUGUUGAUUGUGUUCUCCGAACGCGCUCACUUGACAACCAGUUUGCGUCAAUUUCAUCGCCUUUGCCUCUAUAACCAGUUUCAGAGAGCAUGCCCGGGAUCAACGCUGAGGUUACCUGCUUAGAAUUGGUGAACUUCGUGCCACCACCUGCAACUUAAAACAAGGGUGAGAGCUUACGACACGGUCAGUCGAAAAGAUUAAGCCUUUCACAUACCCUAGCACUGCGUCACCUUGUCCUCACUAAACAUUUUGAUCGCAGGAACGAGGGUUAUGCGUUUGCGAGAGGAACAUGACGUCACAAAGAAUACCUGCACCUACCGCAGCAACGCAUGCUAAGGGAAAAGUGGGUAAGGUAGACUUGUAUAUAUCCCAUCACAACUCUGUAUAUGCAAUACCAUCCUCACUACUUCACAACUACGGGGACCACCCAUAAUACACUCAGGAACAAUAUUAGGAGGGACCUUUCAGCCUAUGUAUACAUUUGCCUUACCAAGAACGCAAGAUUAUUGAGCGUCCUGUUAAAUGAGAUCUGACUUCUUUUCAUUAUAAGUUUGUAAUCUUGCCCUAGAUUCCUGUUUAAGGCCUGUAUAUAGCUGAUUGCGCCGGGUCCACGCAGGUAAAUAUGUAUGCGCAGACUUUCUUUUAAUUGUGUGCUUGA